AUGUACCCCUCCGAGUUCUCCUGGAGAAGCAACCCAGCACCCAACCUCGAAACACCAGCCAUAACCUCCGAUCCAAACUUUACCUUGACCAUCCACCCCAGCUAUGCUCUCGAAUUUUCUCUUCCAGACACCUAUCCAGACAUCCAAAAGCCGCAUGUAUAUCUCUCAUGCGGAAGUGACGUAGAUACCUCGACCCGCAAACGCGGAAGAGCAAAGUUGGCAGAACUGGUAGACGAGCAAGAAGCAGGCGUGGAAAUGCUCGAUCUCGUCGUAACCCUCUUCACCGAAUUCCUGCCCGAGUUGACCGAAAGCAAUCAAGAUGCAGAUCAACCUCGACAAGGAAAUAGUGCUCACCAGCAACACUCCGCAAAGAUCAAGCGUGUGGUCAUAUGGUCGCAUCACCUGCUAGCAACUUCGAAGCGGAAAGAUAUACAAGCUUGGUCCAAGGAAUUGUCUUUGAGCGGCUACAGUCGUCCAGGCCAUCCGGGCAGUAUAUUCGUCGAGGGUGACGAAGACCAAGUAGACGAAUUCAUCCGUCGACUAAAACAACUGCGUUGGCAAGCUUUACAGGUCAGAGGCGAGGAAACUGCUGAUAAGCGUAUCUGUGGUCCUGGACAUGGUGUGCUCGAAGUCGAAGGACUAGGAGAAAUCGCAGAAGCACUCAAGAAGAUCGACGCUGACACUGCCGACCUGUUUCUCCAAGCCAUGAAGAUUGCAAAGACAGAUUAG